GCAAUGAUAGAUCCUAGAUCCUAACGUAGCAAUUAAGAACUUCUACAAAAUUUAGAGACAAAAAAAAAUAUUAACAAAUAGAUAAACAAUUCAGGCAAUGGGCGAAUUGGAAGAAAAAGAAACACCCCCAACAGAACCACAAUCACACGAUCAUCAUCCCGAAGCUGAAGAACCUAAAGAAACUGACAAAAUGCUCGAAUCAAAAAUCACAACAUCUGCAAUAGAUGACUCCUCAACGGUGACAACAAAACGAAGAAGUCCAACACCAGAAAAAGAAAAGAAAACACCCAAUGGCGAAGAAAUAAUCAAUAUACCCGAGGCAGCAGCACCAGGCGGAGGAGCAGCAGAUGAUAACAAAACAAAUAAUUCUUCCAAUGACACCGAAAACAACAAAUUAAAUCCAGUCACAAAAGAGGGACGAGAAGUCAAACCAAAGAAAAUCCCCAUCGGUGGUAUUAAGAUGCCAGGAUUUUUUAUGAAAGCUAAACCACGUGGUGAUGGAGAUGGCGCCGAGGGCGAGCUAUUAGAAAAAGAGCCCAAGGAGACAUCGCCAACGGUCGAAGAGAAACCCAUCAACAAGAACGAUGAGAAACAAAGACCCGGUUUGGGUGACAGGAUUAGAAGUUUCUUUGUGCGAAAACCUAAGCCAUCCGCUGAUGAUACAGCCAAAAGUGAUUUAACCGCCGAAGCAGCUGAUGAAAAUAAUGGACCACCACAAAAGCGCGGACUAUUGAAUGCAAUCAAACUCCCAAUUGCCAAUAUGAUUCCAAAGAAAAAGACUGACGACGAUGUCGAACUUGGAAAUGGUCCAGGCACCAAAGCUGGACUAGCUUCCAUGGAGACAUUAGAUGAUUCACUGAAGGACCAAGAUACAGUCGAUAAAGCGCCAACAAAAAAGGAUGAUGAUGUUAGCAAAGCGAAGGGAAGUCAAGAGAUUAAAACUGAGAAAUCCGAAGAGGAAGAAGAAGUAAUCUCAUGCUUUGAUCGUAUUCGGUCAUACCGUUGCUCUGUGGAUGAUGCUCUAAUAACUCUGGGAAUCCUUCUCAUUGUGGUUAUGCUCAUCGUCAUUGGCUAUGUUCUGUCCAGUGAUUCACAAACAUCACCACCCCUAAGAGAAGGACGUUAUAUCGACGCUGUAACCGGAUGUGGCAUGGUUGAGGGCUUAAAAGAAGAUGGAGCAUUCGCAUUCCGUGGAAUUCCCUAUGCACUGCCACCAAUUGGUGAGAAUCGAUUUAAACCCGCCCAGCUUAUUGAAGGAAUCGACGAUUGCUGGAAUGGAACAUUAAAAGCCCACAAUGCCACAGAAGUGUGCUCUCAAAUGCUCAGCAAUUCCACCUUGGUCGGUGUAGAAGACUGUCUGACUUUGGAUGUUAUCACACCACACAUUCGCUAUGACAAUCCUCUGCCAGUUGUUGUCCUCAUUGGAGCUGAUUCAUUCACUGGAGGUUCACCAGGAAUCCUUCGACCCUCUGCUAGAUACGCCCGCUCACAUGAUAUCAUCUUUGUUCGACCAAACUUCCGUCUCGGAGCAUUUGGUUUCUUAGCUCUGGAUGUGCUCACGAAGGGUGCCUACCCAAGGACAUCAGGAAAUUAUGCUCUCACUGACAUUGUUGCUGCUCUAAAUUGGAUUAAACUGAAUAUUGCCCACUUUGGAGGUGAUCCAAAAUCUGUCACUCUAUUCGGACAUCGAGCUGGGGCAACAAUGGUAUCAGCUUUGGUAACAUCACGUAAGAUUAAAGAUUUGUACACUCGUGCUUGGGUAACAUCUGGUUCAGCGGUUUACCCUGGUCGUGGUCUUAUGGAAUCUGAACGACGCAAUCAGGAUUUCUUGAAUCAAAUGCAAUGUUCUGAUAUAAAUUGUCUGCAAGAGGCUUCUGUCAAUCAAAUUUGGCAAGCAACUCCAGACACCUGGUUGCAUUUCCCCGCUGAUCUCCCUGGCAAAGAUGAGAAUGCAACUGCCAGACAUGAAUGGUUGGUUCUUGAUGGAAAUAUUCUCCAACAGCAUCCAGCUGAUGUAUGGAAAGAAGAAACUACUGGUAAACCAAAACUUGUCAUGGGAACCACAGCACAUGAAAGCCACACAGACAAACUCCGCAUGCGUCACAGCAACUGGACAGAAGAAGAAGUACGUGCUUACAUUGAAAAUACCAAAAUUGGUGCCCUCAAUCUUACUGAUGAAGCCAUCCGACGAUACAACGCCACCUACCAAGGUCUAGUUGCAAUGAUCUCCGACAUCCGAACAAUUUGUCCACUGCUGGCAAAUGCUCGCCUGCAGCCAACAGUGCCAUUCUAUGUGGCAACGCAGGGAGAAGGUCCCGAUGGUCUUGCAAAGGUGGAUAUUGAUGUGCAAGCUAUUUUGGGUCGCUACGAGCCACUCACAGUCGAACAGAGAAGAUAUGUCUCGUCCAUGCAACAGCUAUUCUAUUAUUAUGUCUCACAUGGUGAGGUUCCACAAUAUAAGCCAGGAACACGAGUGCUGAAUAUGGGACAGGAUCCACUCUCACAGGAUGACUAUCCCAAUUGCAAUUUCUGGAUAAGCCACGAUAUAGUGCCGCGAUAUGCGCGAAUCGAUUAAGAAUCUUCACAAUCAUUUUCUCCUCUACUCUCUCUCUGAAGCUCUCACUAACUCUCUCUCUAUCCCGCUCUUUUUAGGCUCUCUAUAAAAAAAAAUAACAAAAAUAAUUUUUAAAGUUAUUAUUAAAAAUAUUAAAAAAAAAAUUAUUUAAAAAAAAUCCCAAAAAAAUCGUACAGACACAAAAAAAAACUGAAAAAAAAAUAUUUUAUACUAAAUAUUUAGCAUUUUGAAACUGUAUUUAAACUUUUUAUGUAUUUAUAUUUAAUUAAGGUUUUUUUACUUUUAUAGUUUCUUAGAUUUUAGUUUUUUUUAUAUACGUGGUAUAGAAAUUUGUCGUUCUAUUUAAAAUUAAAACAAAUUAAUAAAAAAAAAAAAAAAAUAAUAAAUGGUUGACUAAAGUGUAUAAAAAAAAUAAUAUUAAAACAAAAAAAAAAAAAAACAGUGAAUAAAAUGUUUAAACAAAAUAUUAUUAGUUAAAAAUUAAAAAAAAAAAUACUUUUUUUAAAUAAAUUUAAAAAAAUAUGAUAUAUCUAGGUGUACAACGGAGGCAAAAACUUUUAUAACAUUAAUGAAAUUUGAGACUGGCUUCGUUAAAAAAAUUUAAUAUAAAUAUUUAAUAUUUAACUAAGAUUUUUUUCUUUUGUUUUGUAAAAAAAAACAAAAAAAGGAAAAAAAAUAAAAUGUAAUUGUUUUCAUUUAAAUUCAAAUGUCUCUAGGGAUAUAUAAAUAUAUUUAGAUUUUUUGUAUUCCGUAAAAUAAAAUAAAAAUAAUAUGAAUAAAUUUUUGUUAAAUAUCAAACAAAAAGUUUUUAAAAAUAAAUAACCAUAAUGCAUUUUGAAAAAAAAAAAAAAAAACAAAACGAAAAAAAACAA